GUCUGGUUAAGUCUGGCCAACUUUGAGCUUUGUGCUCAGAGCUACGAAGCCCCUGAAGGCGAAAAAACCAAUGAAGACAAGCAUGGCGAGGAAGAGGCAAGGGAGUCUCAGAUAAACAAAGAAGAAGCAGUUGCCGCCAUUGAACGCGCUCGUGCUGUUUACCGUGAAGCCAACGUCACUUUGCGCAGGUGCGAAGACAAGGAACAGAGGGUUCAACUGAUCGACGCCUGGAAGGACUUUGAGGCUGAAUAUGGUGAUGACAAAACGCGUGCCGAAGUGGCCGGCUUCGAACCACAACGGGUGGUUCGUAGCCGUCGCCUUGACGAGGAAGCUGGAGGGGGCUGGGAAGAGUACGUGGAAUACAUCUUCCCAGACGCCGACACCGAACAGCCCAAUAGGAAACUGUUGGCUCUCGCCGCAAACUGGGCUAUGCGUAAAGGUGGCUCAGACAGCGAAAGGGAAUCUGAGGAAGAGGACGAAGAAGAUGAGGAGGAUGCUGAGGAAGGUGAGACACGCAAACGCAAGUGGUUCACUCCGUCUGCUGACGAUAAUAAUUUGGAUGCCGACGAAAAUGAUGUCCUUGAUGCGGAUGACCUAGAGUACGCCAGACUCUCCAAGCGCAUGAAAGAGUCAGCCAGUAAUCCCGAGGAAAUUGAUCUCCCGGACGAUUAA